GCAGCUCUUGUGAGGGGAGGUCGGAGGUGUGGGGGCUGGCGGCUGGCAGUGGGCAUCACAGCCUGGUAGGCAGAGCAGGAGGGCCGGCAGUGGCAUGGAUAUCAGCUUGAGCAUGGCGGCCCAGGAGGCCCACCAAGGCCUCGAUGCUCUUCCCAUGCCCAUGCCCCACAAGGUAGCCAAGAAGCAUAAAAAGGCGGUUCUCUUCUUUGAGGUGGAGAUUCUGGAUGCGAAGACAAGGGAGAAGCUGUGCUUCCUGGACAAGGUGGAGCCUCAGGCCACCAUUGCUGAAAUCAAGAACCUCUUCACCAAGACACCAGACCCGCAGUGGUACCCUGCCCGACAGUCCCUCCGCCUGGACCCCAAGGGAAAGUCGCUGAAAGAUGAAGAUGUCUUGCAGAAGCUUCCUGUGGGCACCACAGCCACACUCUUCUUCCGAGACCUGGGAGCCCAGAUCAGCUGGGUGACGGUCUUCCUGACUGAGUACGCUGGGCCCCUUUUCAUCUACUUGCUCUUCUACUUCCGGGUGCCCUUCAUUUAUGGCCACAAAUAUGACUUCACAUCCAGUCGGCACACGGUGGUGCACCUCGCCUGCAUCUGCCACUCAUUCCACUACGUCAAGCGGCUGCUGGAGACACUCUUCGUGCACCGCUUCUCUCACGGAACCAUGCCCCUGAGAAACAUCUUCAAAAACUGCACCUACUAUUGGGGCUUUGCUGCAUGGAUGGCCUAUUACAUCAACCACCCUCUCUACACCCCCCCCACCUACGGAUCCCAGCAGGUUAAGUUGGCGCUGACCAUCUUUGUGAUAUGCCAGCUUGGCAACUUCUCCAUCCACAUGGCUCUUCGGGACCUUCGGCCAGCUGGGUCCAAAACCAGGAAGAUCCCAUACCCCACCAAGAACCCCUUCACCUGGCUAUUCCUGCUGGUGUCCUGCCCCAACUACACUUACGAGGUCGGGUCCUGGAUUGGCUUUGCCAUCAUGACGCAGUGUGUUCCAGUGGCCCUCUUCUCUUUGGUGGGCUUCACCCAGAUGACUAUCUGGGCCAAAGGCAAGCAUCGCAGCUACCUGAAGGAGUUCCGUGACUACCCACCCCUGCGCAUGCCCAUUAUCCCCUUCCUGCUCUGAGCAGUUCCUCGUGGGCUCAGCCUGGUAGCACUGUCUACCCACUCCCCCUGACCUGGGGUGACCGUGGCUCUCCAACAGCAACAAUAAACCUGCUUUUCCAGCUGGA